AUGGACGAAAAACACGCCGAACCUUCGACGUCCAAGCAGGACCGCCGUCAAUCAACGACGCGUUAUCUCAAGCUGAACCGCUUGCCUACGCUCCAAGAGGUGCUUGAUAGGCGUACAAGACCACCACUUGAUCUCUUCUGCUUCUACAUUUUUCUGCAAAGGGAGUCGGCGGAGGAUGCGCUGGAUUUCUGGCUCGACGUGCAGCAGCACGAGAACAUGUGCAAGGCGUACUUCAAGGACUUGAAACGCUCAGACCGCACCAUUGACGAAGACUGGCCCGAAUACGCCGCCUAUGCCCGGACCCACGGUUCCCACUUCACCCCUCUUCUCAACUUCAGCGACAAGCCCAUUAUUGACAUUGGCGCGUCUCCUCCCCCGCGCUCUUCGGGUGCCCCAUCUUCCUCUACCGGACAAGCGGGAACCACUUCACCAACCAUGUCCAUGACGCACGGCCGCGAACGGCGGGAUACCGAGUCGCACGGCCCCCGGUCGCCUAUCACCAACGCUGGCGAGUUUGGUCGGCCCUCGCGAAUCAGGCCGAGCGAUGCGCCCACGGCGGGAACGGAUCAUGAUGCGCAGAGGGGAACGGGCGCGGGGAGCCGGAUGAGCAUCAGGACGUGGGGGCGAAACCCGCGUCAGAGUCGCGCACCGACGGUCAUUCAGAGGGAUAGGGCAGUACAGAAGGACGCGCUGGUCGAGUCUGCGGAGAGGAUAUAUCUGAGGUAUUUGCUUCCCGGGGCAGAGAAGGAGAUUUACCUCCCCCCAUCCCUCCGCAUGCCCGACUUUCCCCAAUCCCCAUCCUCCUCCAACCCCUCCCCACUCAUCCCCGACCUCUUUCAUCAACAAAAACACUACAUCUUCCGCGCGCUCGAAGCGGACGCGUUCCCCCGCUUCCUCCGCGCCAAGGCUUUCGCCAAUCUCUCCCCGGCAGGCAGCUUCUGGCGCCUCGUCCUCGGUCUCUUCAUCCUCUGGGGUGGGUUCGUACUGGGCUUCAGUCUGAUAUUCCUCGAUCGUCAGCCUAGAGCUGUCCGAGUCUGGGUCCUACUCCCGUUUCUGGUAUCCACCAACCUCCUCCUCGCGGCAUACUACUCCCUCUCCCCCCUCCUUGCGGUGUUCCAGCAUUCCGAGACCGGCGCCUUCCGCUCCAUGCGCGUACGCGAAGGCUACGUCCGCCGGCUGCUCACUCUGCGGGCGGUAUGGAUCGAGGCGGUGUGUCUGGCGUUGACGGCGGCAUUGACGUGUAUAUUUGUGUUCGUGCCGGGUCAUCGAUUAUAG